AUGGGUUGCAUAAUUUCUAAGAAGAAGUCUCCAAAGAGAAACCACCAUCUUCCACAACCAAGAGAAUCAUCACAGAAGCCUGAUGAUUCAAGCCAGAGCAAAGUUGGGUUGGUCGAACCCGAAAAGCUCAGUUCAACUAGCCUUUCUCCAGAGAUUCCAGAGAUUGGUGAUACGGACGAAGAAGAAGAAGAAGAAGAUUCUACUCCACAUGAGGAGGAGUUAAAGAGAGAGCCUAGUUCUGUUUCAAAGGAGGAAGCAGCAUCAGUGUGGCCUGCUUGGCUAGUCUCAGUGGCUGGCGAAGCACUCCUGGGUUGGACUCCACGACGUGCUAGUUCCUUUGAGAAACUUGACAAAAUUGGUCAAGGUACGUAUAGCAGUGUAUACAAGGCUCGUGAUCUUCUCAACAACAACAAGAUCGUUGCCCUUAAAAGAGUCCGGUUCGAUCUUACCGAUUUAGAAAGCGUUAAGUUUAUGGCUAGAGAGAUCAUUGUUAUGAGAAAGCUUGAUCAUCCUAAUGUACUUAAAAUACUAGGCUUGAUCACUGCCUCUGUUUCCUCUUCUCUUUACUUGGUUUUCGAAUACAUGGAUCAUGAUCUCCUCGGACUUGCUUCCAUUCCCGGUAUCAACUUCUCCCAGCCUCAGGUCAAAUGUUACAUGAAACAGCUUCUAAGUGGGCUUCAUCAUUGUCACAGCCGUGGUGUUCUGCAUCGUGAUAUAAAGGGAUCAAAUAUACUGAUUGAUAGUAAUGGAAUCUUGAAGAUUGCUGAUUUCGGUUUAGUAACGUUCUUCGACCCGCAGAACAAUGCUCCAUUGACUAGCCGUGUUGUCACUCUUUGGUAUCGACCACCAGAGCUUCUUCUUGGAGCUUGUCACUACGGUGUUGGUGUUGAUUUGUGGAGCGCAGGAUGCAUCUUAGGCGAGUUAUAUACCGGGAAACCGAUCCUCCCAGGGAAAACUGAGGUGGAGCAACUGCAUAAAAUAUUUAAGCUGUGUGGUUCACCAACAGAAGAUUACUGGAGGAAACUGAAGCUACCACCUUCAGCUGCGUUUAGACCUUCCCUUCCUUACGGACGACGUGUAUCAGAGAUGUUUAAGCAUUUGCCUACCAAUGUUCUUUCUCUUUUGGAUGGUUUACUCUCCAUAGAUCCUGAUCACAGAGGCUCUGCAGCUGUAGCUCUUGAGAGUGAGUACUUCAGGACAGAGCCGUUUGCUUGUGAUCCAUCUUCUCUACCAAAAUAUCCUCCAAGCAAAGAGAUUGAUGCUAAACUCCGAGAUGAAGCUAAGAGGCAACAAAGACCAGCACAGGAGAAGCAAGACUCUCAGACUAGAAGAUCACACGAAAGGAAACUUAUCCCGCCGGUGAAAGCUAACCCAUCACUCACAGCGGCUAUGGAGAAUCCUUAUCUAAGAAGAUGUGUUCCGGAUCAUUCAACAAGACAAAUGCAGAUCACAAAGGACAUGACCGGCAACAAUGCCACAAGUGGAAGAGUCUCCUACUCAGGUCCCAUGAUGAAAAACAGGAAUGCAGCCGCUAGAAUACCUUCAAGCAGAGCACAAUGCGGUUCACGUGUAGACACAAUUGCCUCAGAUCAGCGAAUCAUGGAUCAGCAAAAGAAGAAUUUGAGAGCAUUCAACAGAACUGACACAAUGGAUACUAGUAAGAGGCAAAUCAAAAUCCCAAAUGACCCAUCUUGGUAUGAUUCUGAGGACAACAAAAUGUACAUGUCGGGUCCAUUGCUGGCUCAACCAAGUAAAAUGGAUCAAAUGCUGGAAGAGCAUGACCGGCAGCUCCAGGAAUUCACCAGACAGAGGGCAAAACAAUCAAGAAACUGA